AUGGUAACAAACAGAAGUUUAGUCUUCCAGACUCUAUCAGAUCAUAAUCUCUCUUUCCAGGUCCGGCGUGUGUCGCAGGAGGUUUUGUACACUCAUAAUGAGAACAUCUCUCUGGACAUGUCUCUGUCUCAUCUGCUGGUGGAGUGGGGUCAGUGGAUCGAUCAUGACCUGACCUUGACCCCUCAGAGCCCCAGCACCGCGGCCUUUAAGACCGGAGCGGACUGCACACGCACCUGCAGCAGAGACACGCCAUGUUUCCCGAUACAGAUCCCUCUGUCUGACCCUCGCACUGGGACUCAAAGCUGCAUGCCGUUUUUCCGCUCUGCUCCCAGCUGUACGGUUUCACUCGGUCACCGGGAGCAGCUGAACGCCAUCACGGCAUUCGUGGAUGCCAAUAUGGUGUACGGGAGCUCGGAUGGGCUGGCUGCCACCCUGCGAAACCUCUCGUCCCCUCUCGGCCUGCUCGCCGUCAACGAGCUCCACUCAGACCAAGGGCUCGGCUUCAUGCCCUUCCUGAGCCGCACGCAGCUGAACCUGGAUCCCUGCGGCCCACGAGAGCAGAUCGACCCCAUCCCGCUACCAGAGACAGUGCAAAGACUCAACACAUCCUUGGGGAAUAGAUCGUUCUGUUUCCAAGCAGGUGACUCUCGGGCCAAUGAGCACUUGGGUAUGAUCGCUCUGCACACGCUCUUUCUGAGAGAACACAACCGAUUGGCUGAGGAGCUUCACAAGCUCAACCCUCACUGGAGCCCAGACACGCUGUACCAGGAGGCCAGGAAAAUACUGGGCGCAGUCCACCAGAUCUUGACAUGGGAUCACUACUUGCCCCGCGUCCUGGGACGCAGUGCUAACCUGGCCCUCAUGCCCCCGUACAAAGGUUACGACCCCGCCGCUGACCCCAGCAUCUCCAACAUUUUCUCCACCGCUGCCUUUCGGUUUGCACAUGUGACCGUGCAUCCGGUGGUGAACCGCCUCGGACCCGAUUACCGGUUGAGCCCUGAGCACCCGGCUCUGCCGUUACACCACUCUUUGUUUGCAUCCUGGAGGGUUGUGCAAGAGGGUGGCAUCGAUCCUGUGCUGCGUGGCUUGCUGUUGUCCCCGGCUAAACUGCAGACAGCAGAUCAGAUGAUGGUGGAGGAACUGACCGAGAGGCUCUUCCAGGCUCAGGGAGGGCUGCCGCUGGACCUGGCCGCGUUAAACCUGCAGAGGGGACGAGAUCACGGCCUACAAGGUUACAGUGCGUGGCGGGAGCUCUGCGGUCUCUUUGCGCCUGCGGAUGAGUCUGAUUUAGCAGGCAUUCUGGGAAAUGUAGUUCUGGCCAGGAAGCUGCUGCAUCUCUAUGGAACAAUUAAGAACAUAGACGUGUGGGUCGGGGCCAUUUCAGAGCCGGCUCUGCCUGGGGGCCGCGUGGGGCCCCUGCUGGCCUGCCUGAUCGCCAAACAGUUCAAAGCGCUCCGAGACGGUGACAGGUUCUGGUGGCAGAAUGAAGGUGUGUUCAGCUCGGCUCAGAGAGACGCUCUGCGCACCACAUCUCUGUCCCGCAUCAUCUGUGACAACACACACAUCCGGCUGGUGCCCUUUGACCCCUUCGCGCACACACUCCACCCCGACGACCUGCUACCCUGCACACGCAUCGGCCACAUGAACCUCUCAGCGUGGAGAGAGACAGACACCGACCCGGUGUGUGGCGCGGUCCCGCGGUUGAAUCUGGGUUUCUCUGUGCUGUGUGAAUCUGCGGUG